UGUCCCAAAAAAAUUCAUCCAUCCCGUCUAGCUCCGGCCGUCACCAGACUUACAACCCUGUUCGUGUUGGUGAUCGAUAUCGUCGAGCAGUGGGCACUCAGCUCCAAGGCCGAGCUCACCCGCCGUGGCAAACGCUGCUGCUGUUCCUCCGCCGGCGACCACCAUCGAGCCAAAGAUGGAUGCCGGCCUGCUAGCAAUGGCCUGCUCUGGCCCUUUCCAAGAUCUGGAAUCACUCCUCAACGGGAAGCCAGCCGUCUACACCCUCGGAAGCUCGGCAAGGCAGCCACCUCAUCUGUACGCGGUCACCGUUGGAGGUGAGUCCCUUCUCCACUUGGUCGCUGCCGUCUACGGCGAUUCUGAGGACUCCACCAAGAAGGCCAGCCUCCUCUACGACAAGGCACCCAGCCUCCUCUUCGUGCAAAACAGCCAGGGGGACACACCCCUGCACUAUGCUGCACGGGCGGGCAACAUGAGAAUGGUGGCUCUUCUCAUUGAUCUCGCCAAUGGUGAGGGUAUUAACAAUGCAAAGGGACUUCUUGAAACACAAAACAAGAUCCAUGAGACAGCCUUGCAUGAGGCCGUCCGCUCUGGGAACAAUGAUAUGGUCAAGUUGUUCAUGGAGGAGAACCCACAACUGGCCCGGUUUCCUGAACAAGGUACUUCGCCGUUGUACCUAGCCGUUUUACUGGAAAACAAAAUCAUCGCAAAAACACUCUACGACUUGAGUGGCGGGCUUCUUUCAUACUUUGGACCAGAUGGACGAAAUGCAUUGCAUGUGGCUGUUCAAGGAAGCCAAGAUCUUAUGAAGAUGUUGUUAGAGUGGAACGACAACCUUACGUUACAAGGGGACAAAAACGGAAGUACACCUCUUCACUUUGCUGUUAUCGGUACUCUACGGCAAAUAUGUUCACAAUUAUUGAUAGCCAGUCCAGAUGCAUUGUAUCAACACGACCAUAAUGGAUCAUUUCCCACACACGUGGCUGCCUCCGUCGGUGCAACAAGGGUCAUCGCUGACUUUCUUAUGAAAUCCCCCAAUUGCGCUGAUCUGCGUGAUGCAAGGGGAAGGACAUUUCUUCAUGUUGCAGUUGAUAGAAUGGAUAUAGGGACUGUCGAUUAUGCUUGUCGAAACAUAUCGUUGUCAUGGAUUUUGAAUAUGCAAGACAAAGAUGGGAACACUGCACUGCACCUAGCUAUAAGAAAAGGAAGUCUACGAAUGUUUUGUUCUUUACUCGGUAAUAGACAAGUACAAUUGAAUUUAAAGAACGAGAAAGGGAAGACUCCGCUAGAUACAGCGCGUCACGCUAUUCCUAAAGGAAUAUAUGUCAAAGGGGAAAAUGAAGUAAGGAUACUCAAAGCACUCAAAUAUGUUGGUGCUAAAAGGGGUAUUGUUCACCAGGGAUUCUUGGAUGAAUAUGAUAUUGACCAAGCAAGACAGGAAGAAAUACAUAUAAUGAGUCAAGUGAAAGAGGGAACACAAAGUUUAUGUAUCGGCUCGGUCUUAAUUGCAACCGUCACAUUUGGUGCAACUUUCACUAUGCCAGGAGGUCUUAGAGAUGAUGAUGAAACUAAUGCAGGCUCACCAAUACUUGCUGGAACAUUUCAUUUUUAUGCAUUCAUUGUGGCCAACACACUUGCCUUCACCCUCUCGGUCAUGGCUACAAUUUCUUUCAUAUUUUCUGGGGAUCCUAUGGUACAUCUUCGAACAAGAAAAGUGCUAUUUAUAAGGGCCAUCCCUCUCUUGCUGAUUUCAGUGUCAAGCAUGGUAGUUGCCUUUGCACUUGGUACUUAUAUGAUGUUAGCUCCAAUUGCUCCUGUGUCUGCACUUGCAAUAUUUCUCAUCUUGAUUCUCAUAUUGGUGUAUUACUCUUGGGGAAUGACAAUCAGCCGUAUUGUUCUCUUCACUGCACUCUGUAAGAGAAAGGGGAAAUGGUACGGGAUAGUCUGGGCAUGGCCAUGUGCAUUCUUACUCGUGGUCCUUAUCCUUUCUUCUCUACUAUUGCUGGCCUUUAAGUUGGCCCAGGUGAGUCACACCGGUGGCAAAGUGGAACCACCAGCACAACCGCCAACACCAUUUGCUUGAAGAGGGCCAAAUACGCCCAUAUUACAUAUAUGGAUCAUUAUCAUCUUUUGUAAGUGUGGCUCUUCUCACACUACCAGUUGGAGACU